AUGCCUUCUGUGUUGUAUCCAAGACCUGGUGAUCUGAUUCAGUUCCAGAAGGAGUUGUACACGCAUUGGGCAGUACUUGUUCGCGAUAAAUACAUUAUUCAUGUUCAAGCACCAGAUGACGGUGGCACCAAAGGAGAAGUCAUCAUUCGCAAACAGUUACUUGAUGAUUAUCUCCAUGAUAACAAAAUCUCCACUGAAAUAUGGAUCGAGGUUCAAUCAUUUGCAUCAUGGCAAAGAAAAGAAUUAUGUUGGGCAUCCGUGAACAACACCUUUGACAACAUCAAAAAGCCAUUCAGUGUAGAUAAAACCAUUGAAAGAGCGGAAUCGAUGGUCGGAACUACGUGGAGCUACAACUUGUUCUGCCACAACUGCGAACACUUUGCUCACUGGUGUCGCUAUGGAGUAAAAGUAUGUAAGCAGUCACCGAAUACCACAGAAUAUAAAGAUGAAGACGGCAAUGAAUUUAUAAGCGCCAGAGUUGGAGGAAACAACUUCGGAC